AUGGCGCCUAGGCGUCGGUUACACCAACUACUAGAUGGGCUAGCAUCUCUACUAGAGUCCAUUGGGAUGUCGAAGCUUGGCACUAUGGAAUACGAGUCGAAGAGUUUGUUGGAUAUUCGCGAUCCUACCAAUGCCGAUAACCUCCAUUUCAUGCUGCAAAAGUAUCUGUUAGGCCAGGAUGUGUUUCGAUGUCGUAGUCCGGUCCUUAUGCUAGACGACUGGCAUUUACCCUUGCAAAGGUACCAAUCCUCAGCGACGUCGCUUUUCGUACUAACGCCUUCGAGCAGCCUUAUCAAUUCCGAAUACGAGGACAUCGCGCUGAAUAGAGACGUCGACGAGACGGGAUUGAAGCAGGGAAGAGAAAUUAAGGAAAGAAGAAAUUUGGUGUACGUGGUUAGCCCAGCUGUCAACGCGGCCAAACACGGGAGGCUCUUGAUCUUAGGCUGA